AUGUCUUGUGAUGAUAACAACGAUUUUUGUGUCAUGAGCGAUCGAUUAGCGAUUGAAAAUCAAAAUUUUUUAAAUCGUUUUCAACAACUUGGUGAACUGCGCUUGCGACUUUUUUACACUGCAGAACACGUAUUACCCGUGGAAUUUUACAAACCGUUACAAAUGAAUCUCAUUAGUUCAUUGACAUUACAACCAUUUUGCGCAUCGCCAGCUGGAAUUCUCGAAUACUUGCCAUCAGUAGAUAUAUUAACGAUAGCACGACCUCUGAUGAAAAUUUUUGUACAGGCUGAAUUGAUAAGGCCAUUGCUUAAAGCUCUUUGCUCAGAUGAUAUCCUCAAGUGCCAAGAUGUGAAUACUUUAUUUCGAAGUCAGUCUUUAGCAACAAAAAUAAUUCAUGAACAGAUGAAAUUUUUUGGACAGCAUUACUUGAUGAUCUCAAUUAAACCUGUGAUAGACAUGAUUUAUUGUGAGCGGAAAUGCUGCGAGAUUGAUCCAAUGAAGUUGAAGGAAGGCGAUAGUUUAGAAUCCAAUAAGCUGAAUUUGAUAGUAUAUGGCGAGAUAGCAUUUUCACGUGUAGUUGAUUCCAGUCAUCGUUGCCCAUUAGUAUUGCGUGAAAUGUUUUCCGAUUUGCGUGAACUUGCAGCGCAUCAUUUUCCUGGUCGUGCUGAUGUUCAACGACUAGUACUUGUCUCAUUCAUUAUUAUGCGUUUUUUCGCUGCUGCUUUAAUGAAUCCAAAAUCAUUUGGACUUAAACGUGAUCAGCCGGAAGGUAUUGUAUGUCGUACAUUGGUCCUUCUGUCUAAAAUACUUCAGCGAUUAUCCAACUGUGUUGUUUCUGCGAAUUUACUUACUGAAAAAGAACCAUGGCUUUCAUCGGUUCUCGAAAGAUUCACAGACGAACAACAUCAGAUUGCAAUGUUGAAAUUUUUAAAUACAAUUUCGAUGGCAGAAAAUGAUAUAGAUGUUAACGAUGGAAAUCUCUCAGUACUUCGUGACGGGUUUUUUAUUGAAAGAAAAAUUCGAAAAAAGCGCAGAAUACUGAGAAAUUUGGUGAAUCAAAAACGAAGAUAUGUGGUACUCACGGAAAAUGAAAUUUGCUGGCAGAAAACAAAAGCAGAUUCUGAACCGAAAGGCCGGAUGUUACUUCAGGAAGUUAGUCAAAUCGAGCCUGUAGUGGAUGCAAAAAAUGUUUUUAGAAUAGCUUCACCAGACUGUGAAAUACAGUUCCAAGCACCAAGUACUGUUGAAAUGAAUGAAUGGAUUGUUCAAAUUCAAAAACAGCGCAAACGACAACUAAUGAUCGCUUUGCGUACUAGUGAAUCAACUGAUGCAUUUGAAAUAGAUGCAGAACGAGAAUUAGAAGCAAUUCAUAUGAUUUUGUAUGAGAAUGCAGAAACUUUGAAACACUGGAAGAAUGCAUUAGAAGGAACAGAAAUUCCAUCUGGACAUCCCUCAAUACCAGCCGCUCUUCGAGAUCAACUUGAAAGAAGUACUGAUCCGGAACAAGCAAAACAGUUAUUCCACAACAGUCUCCAAGAAAUUUUGCACGGUACUUUGAUGAUUGAAAAAUCACACGAUGAAAUUAUCAAUCGAUUCAUAAAACAGAUGCGAUACAGUAAAGGAAAAAGAGAAAUUCCAAGUGUUGAUGAUAAUUAUUUGCUCUUAAAAUCGCGAUUCCGCAAAACUAUUAAUACUUGA